UCCUUAACACAUAAUUUCACCUCAAGUAUUUCUUACUCUUCUCACUUCCAAUUUUGCUAUGGCUUUUCUAAGUUCUCUUGCAGCUUCCCUUUUAUUUGUUGGGAUGUUAAUCCAAAUGACAGGAGCGCAGCCUAUUGGAGUAUGCUAUGGAAAAAUUGCCAAUAAUUUACCAUCAGAUCAAGAUGCCAUAAACCUAUACAAAGCUAAUGGCAUUAAAAAAAUGAGAAUUUACUAUCCAGAUGCAAAUGUCUUCAAAGCUCUCAAAGGAAGUAACAUUGAAAUAAUUCUUGAUGUCCCAAAUCAAGAUCUUGAAGCCCUAACCAAUCCUACAAAUGCCAAUGGUUGGGUUCAAGAUAAUAUAAGAAGUAAUUUUCCAGAUGUUAAAUUCAAAUAUAUAGCCGUUGGAAAUGAAGUUGAUCCCGGUAGUCAAAAUACCCGUCAAUAUACACGAUUUGUUCGUCCAGCAAUGGAAAAUAUUUACAACGCAUUAUCAGCAGCAGGAUUGCAAAAUCAAAUCAAGGUCUCAAUUGCGACAUAUUCAGGGCUCUUAACAAACACCUACCCACCUAGAGAUAGUAUUUUUCGCGAAGGAAACAAAAACUUUAUUAAUCCCAUUAUCGGAUUUCUAGCACAACAUAACCUUCCACUCUUAGUCAAUAUUUACCCUUAUUUUAGCCAUGUUUAUGACAAUAUCCCGCUUCCUUAUGCACUUUUCAAUCAACGAGGGACAAACUCAGUAGGAUAUCAAAAUCUUUUUGAUGCCCUUGUGGAUUCAAUGUAUUAUGCUACGGAGAAACUUGGAGGACAAAAUAUUGAGAUUAUUGUAUCGGAAAGUGGAUGGCCUUCGGAGGGACACCCUUCAGCAACUAUGGAAAAUGCGCGAACUUAUUAUAUAAAUUUGAUUAAUCAUGUAAAAGGAGGGGCUGGAACACCCAAGAAACCUGGAAGGACCAUAGAAACUUAUUUGUUCGCCAUGUUUGAUGAAAAUAAUAAAAAUGGAGAAAUAAGUGAGAAACAUUUUGGCCUCUUUUAUUCUGAUAAGAGGCCAAAGUAUCAACUCAAGUUCAAUUAAUGAUUGCAUUUCUAAUUCAUACUAUAUAGUUAUUAUAUGAAUAAUAAGGAGAAAUUUGUGUGUCAUUCUCCUCAAUUAAUGAUAGCAUAUCUAAUUACUAUGUAGUAAGAAAAUGUAUCACACCUUGUGUUUUAAUUUCCUUGA